UAGCUUCUAGAAAAAAGGACGAAGAAAAAACAGAUCCUUUACACUGUCUAAACAAAAUGUGUGCACUCGUCCCGCCAUUAUUUCCCCAUUUCGACUGGCCUUGUGGAGACCAGAGCUUUUUUGUAAACGACGACCUAACCAACACGUUUCUUGAUUUUCCGUUGCCGGACUUGGAGGUGGCUCAUCAGAAUGCGUCGUCGGAGAGACAUGGAGUUUUAGAGGUAAAGAAUCAGGUCGUGAUGAAGAAGCUUAAUCACAACGCGAGUGAGCGUGAUCGUCGCAAAAAGAUCAACACUAUGUUCUCAUCUCUUCGUUCUUGUCUUCCAGCUUCCGAUCAAUCGAAGAAGUUAAGUGUUUCUGCAACAGUUUCACAUGCAUUGAACUACAUACCAGAGCUGCAAGAGCAAGUCAAGCAGCUCAUAAAGAAGAAAGAUGACCUCUGUUUCCAAAUCUCGGGUCAAAAGGAUCUGGUUUACGCUGACCAAAACGGUAAUCCAGAGAAAGGGGGCACACGUUAUGCAUCAACUGUAUCUGCGACUAGGCUCGGUGAAACAGAAGUAAUGGUCCAAAUUUCAUCGUUACAGACUGUAAAGUGUUCGUUUGGAAAUUUACUGAGUGGAACAGAAGAAGAUGGGUUGGUUCUUAUGGAUGCUUCAUCUUCAAGGUCUCAAGGAGAGAGACUCUUUUACACUUUGCAUUUUCAGAUGAAUAAUUGCAAUCUGAAUUUCGAAGAGUUAAAUGAUAGGUUGUUGUAUUUGUACGAGAAAUGUGGAAAAUCGUCUACAUAAUACAAUAACUAUUGAUGUGAUUUGGUCUGUUCUUUUGUAUCUCUCCUUAAAACUCAAGUUUAGAAUCGAAAUAGUAUGAAUUUGUACCUUCUGCUUAAGCAAGAAGGUUUUCCUUUGUAUAAUAAAUUUAUUUUGUAAAAAAAAAGGUUUGUUAA